CUGCCUCUCAUUCGCCGAUGGAACAAUCACAAAGUAACUCACAGCCACAAGAUAAUGCUGCUCAAAAUUCUCAAACUGGUUCAUCUAGAGGUAAAUCUGAUCUAGCUUGGCAGUAUUUUACAGUGAAGUAUGACAAAAAUAACAAGGCUCAAUAUACAUGUAUUUUCUGCUUGAAUACUUAUAAUGGAGGGGGGAUAUAUAGAAUGAAAUAUCAUCUUGCAAAAAUCCCUGGACAAAUUAAAGUUUGUAACAAAGUAACUGAAGAUGUUGAGCUUCAAUUCAAAAGGCUUUUGGAGGAAAACAAAAAAAAUAAGGCAGAAAAAAGAAAAUUUACAUCUGAGUGUUAUGAUGUGGAAAGUGAAAGAGAAGCGGAAGAAGAUGGUGAGGCGCCUAAUCCUGUACAACCUCCGGCUCCUGCAACAAUGGGAGACAAAGGAAAGAGAAGAGCGAUUGCUGCUACUCCAAUUGGAAGUUAUUUUAAGGAAAGGACUAUGCCAGGCUCUCAACCAGCUUUGAAAAGUGUCUUGGCCAGUAAACAAGUUAAACACAAGGUUAAGUUGGGGCUUGCAAGAUGGAUCAUUGAUGCACGGAUUCCAUUCAAUGCAAUUCAAUCGCCUUACUUUCAACCUGCCUUGGACGGCGUUGCUGCAAUUGGACCUGGUUUCAAGGGACCGUCGUAUGACGAAAUGAGAGUUCAUUUGCUGGCCGAUCUUAAGAAGGAGUGUCAGUUGCUUGUUGAAGGUUAUAGGAGCUCGUGGAAAAGGACUGGUUGUACACUGAUGGCAGAUGGCUGGACUGAUCAAAGGCAGCGUACGUUAAUUAAUUUUCUAGUUUAUUGUCCUGCUGAUAUGUCAUUUGUUAAGUCUGUUGCCGAUACCUUGUUUAAAUUGUUUGCUGAGGUUAUUGAGUGGGUUGGGUCUAGUAACAUUGUGCAUGUGGUUACUGAUAAUGCUGCGAAUUAUGUAUCUGCUGGAAAACUCAUUCUUGGCAGUAUUUCACAGUGA